UCACCAGUUCCGCCUGGGGUGUGCACUGAGUCGCCGGUACAUGGAGCCGCAGGAUGGACUGGACAACGAUUGUGACGGUCUAGUGGACGAGGAGGCUCAUAACAACAGGAGUGAUGACUUCGAUGACUUAGUGGACGAAGAUUUGGGUGUAGUUGAUGGCCAAUGGUCACCUUGGUCUGUCGGCCUUGUGUGCUCAGUCCAAUGUGCUGGGACAGGCGAGCUGGUUUAUCUCAGGAGCUGCACCAACCCCGAGAAGAGCCGUGACGGCCGGGACUGCCAGGGGCCUGCCACACGUUCUGGGGACGGGGUAGACGGGGUCUGCUACAGCCGUCAUAUCAAGUGUCCAUCAGCGUGUGAGAACGGAACGUGGGGCUACGACUGUGUCUAUCCCUGUCCCCCGGGCUGCCAGGAUGUGUGUGACAAAGUGACGGGCCGCUGCCGGACCUGUAAACACGGCUACGACCUCUCGCCCGACCGGAUGUGCGGUCAAGGUCAAGAUGCUGACAUGAAUCUACAGCCGCUGGGUGAUAACCAGAACAGCAAAGAAGAGUCUCUGAUCUCUGACAGUGAGUCUCCCGGAUGGAUGAUAUACACAACUGUUGUCAUUAUAGCAAUCCUCAUCUUCGUGGGAAUAGCAUAUGAGAUCUACAAAAGGCUAAGGAAUAGUCUCCAAGGCAGAUCUGUCGGCUCCAUGUUCAAUAAAAAAGGCGAUGAUGACGACGACAGUGACGAUGAAGACGCCUCUGUGGCCCCGUCUCGUUCGACCAGCAAACAAAAGACGUAGGACAUCAACCUAUAGGACAUCAACCUGUAGGACAUCAACC